CCCGGGCGGCGGUACGGAGCGGAGGAGGGAGGGCUGCUCCCGCCCCGCUCCGCAGCGGCCCCGGGCCGGCCCUUACCGAUGCACCGCACGUAGUGUUUUGCAGGAAGUUUCCACGCUCCUGGGUUAAAUCCGUGAAAAGCGGGGCUGGAGAGGAGCGCGGCUGAAUAGCGAUGGAAAGGGGCGGGCGAAGAGGUGGAGGAGGAGGCGGUAGCAGCAGCGGCCGUGUUUAAUUUUUUAAUUAGGACGGUUUGAGCAUCUCCCGGCGGGGUCGCACCGCCGGGCGGCGAGGGGAGCCCGGGCGAGCUGCCCCCGCCGCCCGGGACCACCCCGCGCCCCGAGGCGUCGGGACUCCAACCUGCACCUUGGACGGCCGGCGCGGCGGGCCGGAGGCGCGGAGGAACGCGCCCCGCCACCAUGGGCAGCGCGGCAGCGGAGGACAGCGAAGGUCAAACUUAAUAGAAAAAUUGGAAGUAUGCCCAAUGAAAAUCCAUUCAGCAGGCUGGCUCAGAGUAUGGCUCCUCUCAGCCAUGGCUGCAGCACAGAGCAGAGGUACUGGAACUCCCUUUAACCUGGCUGAGCAGUGCAGGCAAAGAAGCAAUAGAGGUGAAAAUCCCACAGAGCCACCAGGAUGUGAUGCCCAAUGAUGAGCAGUAAUUACUGCAGCAACACUUCAGCCAGUAUGAGCGUCAACGAAAUGUCUGCCUUCCCUUUGACUUUAGAACAAAAAACUGGCUUUGCCUUUGUGGGGAUUUUGUGUGUUUUCUUGGGACUUCUAAUUAUCAGAUGCUUCAAAAUCUUGCUAGACCCCUACAGCAGUAUGCCUUCUUCCACGUGGGAAGAUGAAGUUGAGGGGUUGGAUAAAGGAACAUUUGAAUAUGCUCUUGCAUGAAAACUCACAGAAUAUCCUGCCUUAAAUUUGAUGUUGAUUUCAUUUUGGAAACCAACUGUUGUUACAUUUGUUAUACAUACCUGCAUUUUGGAGAUAUGUUGGUGGCAUCCAUUUUGUUAAAUAAAUAUUUGUUGCAAACUGAAAA